AUGGUUGAUGGGCAUCAGUUUCGUCUAACAGGUAAGAACAGAAUCAAGAUGCUGCGAGCUCUAGUACUCUUGACGGUGGUGUGCUCCGCCCUCGCCGGGGAUGGAUUUGCCAAGAAGUACGCUUACUCGAAGGUGAUGACCAACUGCUUCGGCGAAGACCUGUACUACGGCUGGUCGAAGGAGGUGUUCAAGGCUACCAAGGAAUGCUACGGAGAGGAGAUGAAUCUUCCCAAGGCUCAUGAGGAGGAUUCCUCAUCCGAGGAGGAGGAGGAGGCUUCGAGCCCCUUGGGCCUGGACAGAUUCAGCGGCCAGCCCAUCAUCUUGUUCUACCCGCCCCAAGCUCAAGGCCAAGCUCCAAAGCUCCCCGCUGACUUCCCGUACAAGCUCUUCUCUCAACGCCAGAAGCGUGAGGCCUUGUACGAUGCUCCUGUCAUGAAGAAGAUGGUGCAGAAGGUCAAGGCGAAAGUCAGCAACUUCACGUGCGUCUUGAGGAAGAUGAACUACAUCGACGACGACUUCAACAUCGACUACAAGACCGCAGUCGAAGAAACUAAGAAGAUGGACAUUGCUGACGACCUGAAGGAGGAUCUCUUGGAAGCCACGGAGAAGUGCAAGGAGCUCACGAUGUGCCUCCCCCUGGAGAAGUCCGGCUCUCCGAUGCCCCUGAAGCUGCAGCAAAUCGUCACCCUAACCAAGUGCAUGAAGAAGGCGCGUUUCGGCGUCUGCAUGAAGCACGACUUCAUGAAGUACCUCAAUGAGUUCGACCUCUCCGGGUUCCCUGCUGACGAGGACGACGACGAAGGCUCGAAGGCCGAGAAGCUCAUGCACAUUCUGUGGGGCGUCGAAGCCAGGGACGAUUUCCAGCUUUACUGAGCGGAUGAAAUGGAAAGGCUGAGGCUCUCCAAGCUUUGCCUUCCUUGCUGUUGCGUCCUUUUGUCUUUUGGUAGAAAUUCUUCAAAUUUCACUAAAUAAAUGAUGACA